UAACGUCUAUAAAAAGCCGCGAAGCUUUCAACAACAUUCAGUAAACCAUUAACGCUCACUCAAACGUACUUCUCACUUUCAUAUUACGGCGAUAUUUAUCGUUCGACCUUUUUUACUGUUUAUUUUUCUAGCAAGGCAUUAUAAGUGACUUUCGUUCGUUUUUUUUAACUAACUUAUUUUAUCUGAACAACUCUAUAGACUUUUAUCUAAAUAGGCAACAAGACCAUAUUGUAGAAGCUUCAAAGUACAGCUGUCUACGUAUAGUGUUUUUUAUAAUUUGUAUUAUCAGUACCGAAAGUGUAGACAAAGGAAAGACUGAACUUACACACUACCCUGAAAACUAAAAAUAUUCAUUUAGUAUUCUUGUCGAGUUGAAAAAGAAGUUACGUAUCUCGAUCGGGGAGAAGACGGGAACAAAAGCUAACGAAAAUACAAUUUAGAAUAGGAUUGCAUCAUUCGCAAGAAUAUAAAAAGCUCAACGUACAUUACAAUUUCGAUAGAUCAGAGGAGCUGAUUAGUACAGAAAGUUAACUCGAGCAAAUAGAGCGAUCAGCCAAAAAUACAUCUACAGGCUAUGUCUCUAAGCAAACAUGUGCGACACUGCCGAAGAUGUGUUGCACUUUCGAGAUCCUUGACAGAAAGUGCUGCAGGCAGAAAUGCUGCGGAAAAUUCAAAUGCAUUGGCAAGUCAACUAUCUGAUACAGGAUCAAUAAAUAUCCUAAAUAAAACUAAGAUGUCCAUACACAAUAGAUUAAAGCUGCUCAGUCAACUCAAAGAAUUUUUCAAUAAAAAUAGCUAUGACAAAAAUUUACAACUGAUAUUGAGUAAGGAAUGGAUGGAUCUUUUUCAAAAGUUAACGUACGCACAAAUUGCAUCUGUAAGAAAGUAUCCGGUUGAUGAGUCAAGGAUUCAAGAACAAAAUGUAAAGAAAAACAUGGAUGAGAAAGAUAGAGCUGUGCAAAGUGUUGCUACAUUGCCUGUUAAAGAAAAAGCAAUUCCACAACAGCAACUUAAAUUGGAUUUGUCAAGUACUGUAGAUUCAAGGGAUCCAUAUUACUAUUUACCACAAGUACUGUCAGCUUUAAUGCCAAAAUUAACUGGUAAAACCAAAGAUGUACCACAGACACCUGCAGUACCCAAAUGGAAGACAAACUUGAAAACUAGUGUUACAAAAAACAGUAUUAUGUCAAGAACAAGACAUAUUUUAACUAGUAUAGCCUAUGCUGAAUCAAAUGCUUCAAAAUGGAAGAGGAUAGAAGAUUUACUGCAACACAUUGAGCAAUAUCCUGAUGCCAGGCAUCAUGCUGUUAAAGAUGGAGCUAUUAGAAUCCUUCUGAGGACUCGAGAAUCAACCAAAGAUGAACAAAUUAGAGGAUCCAUACGAGAAGCUUUAGCAGUCUUAGGCCAUGUAGAUUCAUUACCUGGUCGAGGAAUAAGGAUUCUAGCUAUUGAUGGUGGUGGUAUUCGUGGUGUUUUAGUUUUAGAAAUGCUCAAAAAACUGGAACAGUUAACAGGCUGUAGAGUCCAUGAAAUGUUUGAUUACAUUUGUGGAGUGAGCACAGGAGCUAUUUUAUCAGCAGUCUUAGCAAUAAAUGGAGAUGAUGUAAAAGGAGGUUAUAAAAGAAAGUCUUUAAAUGAGAUUUCUGAAUUGUAUAAGGAACUGAGUACAAGGAUAUUUACACAGAGCACACUACGUGGUACCAGCAGUUUAGUUUGGAGCCAUUCCUACUAUGACACAGCAUUAUGGGAACAAAUGUUAAAAGAACAACUUGGCAAUAAAGAUUUAAUUGAAACCACACGUGAUCCGAUUGCACCAAAGUUUUCGGCCAUAUCAGCAGUAGUCAAUCAUGAACGUGUAAUGGCUUAUGUUUUUAGAAAUUACACUAUUCCUAUUGGUGUAGAAAGUCAAUAUAUGGGCUCUCACAAACACAAAUUAUGGGAAGCAGUUAGAGCAUCCGCAGCAGCUCCAAGCUAUUUUGAAGAAUUUAAGUGUGGAGGAUAUCUUCACCAAGAUGGAGGUAUAAUGGUCAACAAUCCUUGUGCAGUUGCUAUUCAUGAAGCUAAACAAUUGUGGCCAAAUAAUUCUAUACAAUGUGUAGUAUCAUUUGGAACUGGAAGAACUCCAUUUAAUGUAAAUAAUUCUAUUGAAAAUAAAAAAGAAGCAACGGCAUCCAGCUGGAAGGAUAAGUUUUACAAAAUUCUGGAUAGCGCAACAGAUACCGAAGGUGUACAUAUUAUGCUUAAUGAUCUUCUACCAGAUCAUGCAUAUUAUAGAUUUAAUCCUUAUUUAACAGAAAUGUUAACAAUGGUUGAGAUAAGACCAGAAAAAAUCGCUCAAUUGGAGCAAGAUGCUGCCAUGUAUAUUCGCAGGAAUGAAGAGAAAUUUCAUAAAGCUGCAAGAGUUCUUAUGCAACAAAAAACUCCCAAGCAAAAAUUUGUAGAUUGGUUUAAAUUACAAAGAAAUAUUUUAGGUAUAUAAUUUCCAAAGAUAUGCAUGAUAUCAGGAAAAUCAUUCGACUGACGUUUUUCCAUUGAUUUUAUUGAAAAUGCCAUUUAAACGGUCUACCAGCUGUGAUAUAAAUAGCUUUAUAUGUUUAAUAUAGUAAUUUAUUAUAUUAAAUUACAUUUAGGUAUUUGUUAUAAAAAUAAUGUAUAUAAUAAUUAUAUAUAAAAAGAAAGGAAAUCAUCUAUAGAUUAUUGAUAUGUUUAUAAAUGUUUAUGUAUUCAUCACAAUAUGUAUUUCAACUUGUACUUUAAGUCAGUUAGAAGUAUUUCUAAAAAAAUACCAUGCUAUUUUUUUUAUAAAAUAUAGAAAAAUAAGCAUGUAAAAAAAUCGGAAAAUAUUAUUAAUAGUAGUUAAUUGUUUACAACUAUAAGGGCUUUUAAUACUUAUAUGAAACAAUUUUUUUUUUCAUAAAAAUUUGUUACUAUAAUU